AAGAGAAACAAUGAGAAAAAAAGAUAAAAAAAGUCAGCUUCGAACUUUGAAAUUCGAAAGAACAAAUCUGGAUUAGAUUUAAUAACCUAGCAUGAACUUAUUUAAUUUUUCCUAAUCUAACUUAAUCCGAGACACGCGAAGGUAUCACAAGUCACAAGGUAUCGCACAAACGCGGAUACAAAUUGUUCCGAUAGACAUCCCUCUUCGUUCUUUUCUGUUUUUGGCGGACAAAUAGCAUUCAAAAUAAAUCUUGCCACAGAUUUUACCCCGAAUUAGAACAGGUUCUCUUUCAAGAUGUUCUCCAGGGACAGAAAGGACGAGACAGAGAUCGACGUGAUACUGGACGAACCAUUGACCAGCGAUUCGUGCACAAAAACUGUGAUGGAACUCAUAAAAUACAUUCUGUAUCAGAAACAACAGAUACCGUUUCCGUAUGAGGCAUUAGCGCGAUUCCAGACGAGCGUGAAGGCGACGGACAGGAACGCGGUCUCCUUCAAGGCUCUGUCGAGUACGCUGAAGAACGUCUCGGAUCACCUGUCCUCGCAAUUCUUCCUUAAGGGUUGCGACAUAAAAGAGGUUGCCAUAAUCCUCGGCGCUACAAUCCUGUCACCUAAGCUCUACAUCAAGAUAGAGCUUCCCUCGUAUGUUCUCAACAGCAAACAGCACAUGGAGUAUCAGCAUUCCUCCAGGAAACCACUUCUGAAGCUUAUGAGGUCUAUGUUGGAGUGUGAUAAGUUUCAGGAAGCCAUGAACGUUCCUUUAAGCAUGACGAAUAUGUUUAUUAUGCUGAGGAAGAGCGACAGUAAUUCUGUGUCUGAUUUCUUCCUGCUUAAACCGCAAUAUGUACCACCCAAUCAAACAGCCAAUCGCUUUAAGAUUAAACUGUGCCAGAGUGAUCAAGUGGAUAUGCAAUGUGACUGUAGGACGCUUGUUAAAGUGUAUCGUGAUUCCUGUGAGACCUGCUUGGAGAAUGAGGAAAAUGACGUGCAAUAUACUCAGUAUAACAGUUCCACUGAAUCUUCCUAUCGAUGGUAUCAGUCAAAGCAGAUCAUAAAAGGAUUCAAAUUCUGUUCGUGACCCUAACUUUGUGACAUAAUGGUUGUAGCAGAAUUUUUAUAGAAUAGACAAUUUAGUUCUAGAAUAUUAGAUGGAUUAAUGUUACAUAAUCAUAUUAUAAUUUUAAGAUUAAUGGAACAGUAUUAAGCACUGAAUGUUUGAUAGUAUUAAUGUGUUUUUUACCGCUGACAUUGCGUUGAUGUCAGUAUGACUUGACAAGUGUCCUCUGAGGUCAUAUGAUAGAAAUUUCCAUUCACUAUCAGAGAGAGCAGAGCAGUACUUUUUAUUUGUAUUAACAUCUUACAAACAUGAUAAGCCUUAUUAGCCAGUCAUUGAAGUUAUGUAAUUGGGAUUGCAAUGCAAAAAUUAUGUAAUAAUAAAUUUUAUUAAUAGAUCUUUAUAGUAAAAUAGACAAGGUAAGAAUGUUAUUGUCGAUUUAUUGUAAGAUGAAUUUUGUAAUUGCCAUUGAUAUUUUAUAUUGUAUACAUAAUUAUAACAGUUAAAUAUUUUUAUCUUAUCAAA